ACAACAAAGCAGACAACAGUCCGUGGCUUAAACGCCCAGUAUAUAUAACGUAUAUGGAUCGUAUUUUAAGUCAAUAUUUUGUCAGCCUUGUUUUCAGAAGUAUUUCCGCGCGUGCCUUAUCACUGCCAAAGUCACAUUAUCUGGCACUCGUGACCAGUCAUGUUUGUCUGCGUAAGAUUGCAUGAUUGACAUUUGCCUCGGCCAACAAGAACAGCCGCCAUUUUACUUCCCGCCAAUAGCGGCCUCUAGUCGAAGAUUACCGAGUGAACCCGGACAAUGCCGAAAAGCUUUUCAACACAUGCGUCAGUUAAAACAGUAUACGGCUUCUUGUCGGCCGACAGUUUGCACCAGAAAAGACAAAAGCGGUGUUUUCUCUUCAAGGACAAAAAAUGACACGACUGGGGACUUUCUUUAUAGUUCUGGUACUGCUUGUAGCGCCCAGUAUCGCCAUUAAAAGGGUUCCCCUUAAGAAGAUGAGGACACUCCGUCGCCUCAUUAGCGAUAAUGGGAUGUCUCUGGAUCAAAUUCGGACCUUGGCGAAGACGAGCGGAGCUCCUGACAACGCCCCCUCGCCACAACUACCCGUGGAGAGACUGACUAACUUCAUGGAUGCCCAGUACUUUGGAACCAUCAGUAUUGGUUCCCCGCCUCAGGACUUCACAGUGCUGUUUGACACUGGCUCCUCCAACCUCUGGGUGCCCUCCAUUCACUGCUCCUUCUUUGAUGUCGCCUGCUGGAUCCAUCACCGCUACAACUCCAAGAAGUCAAGCACAUAUGUUCAGAAUGGUACCGACUUCUCCAUCCGCUACGGCAGAGGCAGCCUGUCGGGCUUCAUCAGCGGAGACACGGUCACUAUAGCAGGUUUGCCCGUGCCCGGCCAGCAGUUUGGGGAAGCGGUGAAGCAGCCCGGUAUUACAUUCGCCGUGGCCCGCUUCGACGGGGUCCUGGGCAUGGCCUACCCGUCCAUAUCGGUCGCCAACGUCACGCCGGUGUUUGACACGGCCAUGGCAGCCAAGCUGCUGCCGCAGAACGUCUUCUCUUUCUACAUAAGCAGAGACCCCGCAGCGGCUGUGGGAGGAGAGCUGAUGUUGGGUGGGAGCGACCCGCAGUACUACACCGGAGAUCUGCACUACGUCAACGUCACACGCAAGGCCUACUGGCAGAUUGAGAUGAACGAAGUGGACGUGGGCCCCCAGCUGACAGUCUGCAAGACGGGCUGCCAGGCCAUCGUGGACACAGGGACUUCCCUGAUCGUCGGCCCCGUGGAGGAAAUCCGAGCACUGCAGAAAGCCAUCGGAGCUCUGCCUUUACUCAUGGGAGAGUACUGGAUUGACUGCAAGAAGAUCGACACCCUCCCCGUCAUCUCCUUCAACAUAGGAGGGAAGAUGUUCAACCUGACUGGAGAGGAUUAUGUCAUGAAGGAGUCCCAGAUGGGAACUUCAAUCUGCCUGUCAGGCUUCAUGGCCAUGGACAUUCCGCCCCCUGCAGGACCUCUGUGGAUCCUGGGAGACGUCUUCAUCAGGAAGUAUUACACCGUCUUUGACAGGAGUGCUGACCGUGUGGGAUUUGCACGAGCCAAGUAGUACCGCUAAAUAAAAGUGCUGUUCUGGUUUGCAGCCGUCAAGAAAAAUCUCUUCAAAAAUGUAUACUGAAAUUUUUUUUUUUUUUAAAAGGUUUUUAAUCGCUUCUUGACAACAUUCUUCUCAUAAUUGUGUUUUUUUUGUAAUUUUGACUUUCUAUCUCAAAUAUGAAGUUUUAUCUCAUCAUUUUGUAGUGUACCAUCAUAACUGAUUUCUCAUUUUAACUUUUUCUUAUUUGUUCUUCUCGUAAGUUACUUUUUAUCUCAUAAUUUUGAUUUGUGACUUCUCAUGAUUUUGACAUUUUAUCUUGCGACUUUGACUUUUUAAAAAAAAAAUCUGACUAUUUCAUGAUUUCAACUUUUCAUCCUUACCUCGUAUUGAUUCAUCUAACAAUUUUGAAUUAAUCUAGUAAUUCAGAUUUUUUAAUCUCGUCAUUUCAAAUUUGUAUCUAAUUUAGUGAUGUCAUAAUUUCAAUUCCUUGUAUUCAUGCCUUUUCCCCCCCCGUAAUUUCUCCAUUUUUUUCACGCAAUUUCGACUUAUCUUGUAUUUGACUGUCUUGUAUUUGACUUUCUUGUAAUUUCAACUUUUUGUUAGUAUUUCGAUGAUCUAAUUUCUAUUUCGUAAUUAUGACUUACACAAUUUUGACUCGAAAAAUUGACGUGUUAGCUUAUUUCGACUUUAUCUCGUACCCAGUGGCCUAGUGGUUGGUGUCCGCCCUGAGAUCGGUAGGUUGUGAGUUCAAACCCCGACCGAGUCAUACCAAAGACUAUAAAAAUGGGACCCAUUACCCCCCUGCUUGACACUCAGCAUCAAGGGUUGGAAUUGGGGAUUAAAUCACCAAAAAUGAUUCCCGGGCGCGGCCACCGCUGCUGCUCACUACUCCCCUCACCUCCCGGGGGUGAUCAAGGGUGAUGAGUCAAAUGCAGAGAAUAAUUUCGCCACACCUUGUGUGUGUGACAAUCAUUGGUACUUUUUAACUUUAACUUUAGUUCUGACUUUGUAAUUUCUCAUUGUUUUGACUUUUCAUCUUAUAAUUAUGACUUUUUAUCUAAUAAUUUCAACUUUCUCAUAGUUAUGACUUUUUAGCUUUUCGUUUACAUGCAAAACUAGUUAUUUCAGUGUUCCGUGACGAGCUAGAGAACCGUUUGAGGUGCAACAAAUGCAUAAAGCACAGUCAGACCUGUAAAAAAGUUUAUUUUCCUAACCUGACUUUUUGCGUUUUAUACUUUCAUAGAAUAACCUCCUUGUUCUAAAUAAAGUCUACAUCCCCUGUG